ACCCCGAACUCCCUCUUUGCCCCUCUCUCUCUCGCACGCCCUUUAUUAACGCAGAGUACAGCACACAGUCUUGCGGGAACUGAAAGGAAACCAAAAAAGAAGCAGCACAGAGAAGGCCUCACUCCACACUCCACUCUUCCCUCCUCUCCUCCCAGUCCCAGCGCUUUCUUGGAUCGCGAGAAACUUGGGGAACUUGGCAAAUUGUAGGGAACUGUGUCGGCCGGAGCUUGAGGACGUAGACGGGGGUGCAUGGUGUUCGCCAUGGAUCACGGCAGGGAACAGAGACGAGCAGGGAGGCAGCAAUGGAGGCGCUCAUCCCGGGCUCUGAUCCUGUUCUCGCUGUAAGGUAUAUAGUCGGUGCCCUCUGAAUUCCGCUUGGUCGAACUCGCCAUGAAGCGGCCACGCGGCGGCAGCCCCUCCCUCCUUCCGGUGGCUAAUCCGGACGAUGAUGGUUACGGCGCGGCUGGGAUGAUGGAGGCGGAGGGGGACGCGGAGGAGGAGAUGAUGGCGUGCGGCGGCGGCGGGGAGAAGAAGCGGCGUCUGAGCGCGGAGCAGGUGCGCGCGCUGGAGCGGAGCUUCGAGGUGGAGAACAAGCUGGAGCCGGAGCGCAAGGCGCGGCUGGCGCGCGACCUCGGCCUGCAGCCGCGCCAGGUCGCCGUCUGGUUCCAGAACCGCCGUGCGCGCUGGAAGACCAAGCAGCUCGAGCGCGACUACGCCGCGCUGCGCCACUCCUACGACGCGCUCCGGCACGACCACGACGCGCUCCGCCGCGACAAGGACGCCCUCGUUGCAGAGAUCAAGGAGCUGAAGGCGAAGCUCGGGGACGAGGAGGCGGCGGCGAGCUUCACGUCGGUCAAGGCGGAGCCGGCGGCCUCCGACGGACCGCCGGCCGCGGGUGUGGGGUCGUCCGAGAGCGACUCCAGCGCGGUGCUGAACGACGCGGACGCGCUCGUAACGGAGGCGCCGGUGCCGGAGGUACAGGGGACUCUCCUUCCCACGCCCGCCGCGGCCGCGGGCGCCGGAGCCGCCGGGAACCACGGCGGGGUGUUCUUCCACGGGAACUUCCUGAAGGUGGAGGAGGACGAGACGGGGUUCCUGGACGACGACGAGCCGUGCGGCGGGUUCUUCGCCGUGGAGCAGCCGCCGCCGAUGGCGUGGUGGACCGAGCCCACGGAGCACUGGAACUGAACUGGAGUUGGUGGAUGAGGGCGUAGACUUGGGAUCUGAGCCGAGACAAGCGGUGGGGGGAAUAAAGCAUUCGGAGCGAAAGACGGGGGCUAUUCUGCAAAUUUUGUAAAAUGGAGCUUUACCUAGUCCUCUUUUGUCAAUGCGCGUAUUAGCAGGGUAGUACUAGCAAUAAGCAACCUAGAAAUCCAGUAAAGAGAAUCAAGUUAGUACGGAGUACUUUGUUAACUUUGGACGCUGGGUGCAAAAAUGCAAGCAAAAAAACGAGAGAGAAAAAUGCAAGAUUGAAGAGGAUGGAGACAGUGACAGUGAGAAGAGAGGAAUGUAGAGGAAGAGCUGUGGGAGGAAACGGCCAACCUGCAGGUCACUGUUGGUGGGCCCGGGGCCACGUGAAAGUCAGGCAUUGUUGGCGCCCCCAUUGACCGCCGGACCUGGCAGUGACGCCGAUCGGCGACGUGAACGUGCCUGGCCGUGCGCUCCCGGUGGCCUCUUCUGCGAAAGCGUUGGCUCCUUUGAUCGACCUGCUGUGCUUCUCUGUAUCUGAUUUGGAACCUUGCCGCUCGCCGUGGAGCGAAUUGGCGAUCGGUGUCUGUGUGACUGUGUCUUCUCUCGCUCAGGGAGCUCCGAUCGAGAAGCAGCACUAUCAUAGUCAGAUGGGAGAGGGCGAUCGGUUCCUGUACGAGCCGAGUUUUUGCUACCCUGAUUCUACAGUGCUGUCACCGCAGCAUAUCAUCAUCCGGUACAGUUGGAGAUUCAGAGUUCGUUUUCGUUCGUUCCUCCAAGCCAUCGAGUGCAACGGAAAGUUUAUGCGAUCAGAUGGCACGGCAUUACGACAUGUAGGUCGUAUUCCAGCACUUGUUCCAUCCAGUGGUACUCGUGACCUUCGGCUGUCGGAAUGAUUACCAGCACGGAGUAAAAUAAGACUUGCAGCCUCCUCGUACCCAGAGUCUCUAUAGUUCUAUAGACUUCUAGUACCAUCACUACGAUUCAGCGUGGGCACUUUCAAUCAACUUGUCAAAGUUUUAUUCAUCAUUGUUUAUGUUUCCCGAAGGAGCAGGAUAUCUGCAGGACCUG